GAAACCUACCGCGAACAGCGCGGCUAUUGAAAGGGGGGUUGCAAAGAAGGCGGACCUAGUGCGACCCCCACAGUUGAGCUUCAGAGGGUUUUACAAUGCCGACCAUUUCUCUACGCGCAUUUCGGAGCUGCUGAUUUGGAGAGCGACGGUCCGAAUGUGCGUACAGAUACCAACAAAUGUAGAGUCUGUAUCGAUCACCGAGAAAAAGAAAAAGAGAAAGAGACACUGAUCAUCAAAUUACUCCCACUCAGCAGAGGAAUUAACCUGAAAGCUUCGUGACCAGAGCCUUUGAUAUUCAAGAUACUGAGUGACUUUAAAGGAUCACCUUUGUUGAACACGUACGAGCCAAAAGGAAUCUGUUACAACUUGUGUCAUGGAGCCUGCUCAGUCAGAGAUGAACAUCUUAUCCAAUGGGAAAAGUCAUGACCUUGGAGAUGACAUGGCUGUGCCAAUGAAGACGUUGCUAGAGGAGGAUCAAAAUGGCACUCAAACAGUCAGAUUUGAUGAUCCUGAUGGUGGACUGGAGAAUGAGGAAUUUUUGCCCAAUGCAGAUGGAAAGAAACCAAUACGCUUCAAAGACUUUGAAGGAAAGACCUCUUUUGGGAUGUCUGUCUUCAACCUGGGUAAUGCUAUUAUGGGCAGUGGAAUCCUGGGAUUGGCCUAUGCCAUGGCCAACACUGGCAUACUCCUCUUCUUGUUUCUUCUGACUGCAGUAGCAGCCCUGUCAUCUUACUCCAUUCAUCUCCUGCUCAAAUCCUCUGGCAUUGUGGGAAUUCGAGCUUAUGAACAGCUGGGAUACAGAGCCUUUGGCAUUCCUGGAAAAAUGGCUGCUGGUAUAGCAAUUACCCUGCAGAACAUUGGAGCCAUGUCCAGCUACCUGUACAUCGUUAAGUCUGAGUUACCUCUGGUCAUCCAAGCUUUCCUGAAGGCAGACCCCAACUCUGAUCUGUGGUACUUGAAUGGAAACUACCUGGUCAUCAUGGUCUCUGCCAGUAUCAUCCUGCCCCUGGCUUUGAUGAAGCAACUUGGUUACCUGGGCUAUACCAGUGGCUUUUCUCUCAGCUGCAUGGUGUUCUUUCUCACCGCUGUUAUUUAUAAGAAGUUUCAGAUUCCCUGCCCAUUCGAUGAGUUCUCGGUCAACAGUACUGCUGCUCACCUCAGCAUGAACGUCUCUGGCCAUGGCCACGAGUACGUCAAUGGUUUGGUUCACUCGGACGACGACGACUCCCACUGUUCCCCUCGCAUGCUCACUAUGAACUCACAGACAGCAUACACCAUCCCCAUCUUGGCUUUCGCCUUUGUCUGCCACCCUGAGGUCCUGCCCAUUUACACUGAGCUCCGCAAUCCCACACAGAAGAAGAUGCAGAAGGUCUCCAACAUCUCCAUCUUUGUCAUGUACAGCAUGUACUUUCUAGCAGCUCUCUUUGGCUACCUGACCUUUUAUGACAAUGUGGAGCCUGAACUGCUCCACACGUACAGCCGGAUUGAUCCUUAUGACACUUUGAUCCUUUGUGUGCGAGUGGCUGUCCUCACUGCUGUCACAUUGACCGUCCCUAUUGUGUUGUUCCCCGUGCGUAGGGCCAUCCAGCAGAUGUUGUUCCCCACCAAGUCUUUCAACUGGCUGCGUCACACUGCCAUUGCUCUCAUUCUGCUCACCCUCAUAAACAUGCUGGUGAUAUUUGCUCCAAACAUUCUGGGCAUCUUCGGCAUCAUUGGUGCCACGUCGGCUCCUUGCCUCAUUUUCAUCUUCCCUGCUGUUUUCUACAUCCGCAUCGUCCCGAAAGAGGACGAACCCAUGACCUCUGUUCCUAAGAUACUGGCUGUCUGUUUUGCUGCUUUGGGUGUCUCCUUCAUGGUUAUGAGUCUGAGCUUCAUAUUCAUCGACUGGUCAACGGGGGGCAGCCAUGCCGCAGGAGGCCACUAGAGGCUGCUUCGGUGUAUGUGGGCUUAGGAAACAGGACAAGAAGAACUGGUCAGUGUAAAGGGAGCACCAUCGCCUCAGUGGGGAACACACAACAGGGCUGUCCAGCACACAACCUGGGGUUUGUAACAAUAAAAAAAAAAUGCAGUAUUUUAUGUGGGUUGGAAUUACACUUGGAUUGAUCAAGUUGAAGUUUUGACUGUAACUUAACACCUAUCUGAACAAAAUCCUGUCAUAAUAAUGUUUAAUAAUUCAGUUUAACCUAGUGCAAUGGUAAUGUAAUUUCUAUGAAUAAUCAGGACUGAACAGGGUCUUUUUUUUUUUUUUUAACACCAUCAGUUUGGGAAAAAAACAUCCAUGAUGGUGAAGUGGUCCUUUCUUGUUGCUUCCUCUGUUUUUACACAAAAAACAGCUGCAGCUGGUACUGUAUAGAAAAAGCUGGUAUGAUUGUCUAUUAGGCUGGAAACAGGAAGGCAUCAGGAUCUAUAUGAGACUAAAUAACUCAGAGGUUAUUUUUACCCAAAUAGUAAUUAUCUUCCACUAGAUGCACAAAAUUGGACUCAUCCUGAACCAGCGGCACUCUGAACUGUUCAUCAUCAUCAUGUAAUAUAAGAGAAAAAGUGCUUUAAAGCCUUAAAGCGCAGGUGACAUUUCAUUUUCAUGAUCUGUCAAUUGCCAGAGUUGUUAUGUAGUGUAGUGUAGUGUAGUGUCAUGCAGUCUAAGUUUUUGGUCCAUAUGCAUAAAUUUCUUCACAAACCCUGGUGCCUUUCAGCAUUUGGAGUGUAUAUUUAUUUAGUUACUAUAACUGUGUUUUUAAUUUCAAAUGGACUAUAUUUAACUACUGUAUAUGAUGAAGUUAAUGAUCCAAAAAUGUAUGAUUUCAGUUUUUGUUUUAAGGUUAGUAUAUAGUUAAUGGAAAACAUUACAGACUGACAGCAUUUUAAGUGUUUGAUGAAAUAGAAAGAACUUGAUUUAAGGAUUUUAUACCUCCCGUUGUAAAACCUUUAGCACAUAUAUGCCAAACUAUGACCUUAAAUAUAAACCAAGUAUCAGUUAAAGUUUACCCAGACAGUUCUCCAUUGAUUCUAGCUAAUAAAUCUCUUAAAUUCUUGAUUAUCCCUCCCCUCUAAAUUUCUCAUUAAAUUAAUUUCAGAAAUGAUUUUUUCCAUAUGAUCUGAUAAUAUCACAUAUUCUGUAGCGACACGUUCCAACACAUCGUUGAAGUCUCAUUAAGUUUACAUCAAGUGAAAAUUAAAACCCAAGAUGCCAUGUUUUUCAAGAAACUAAAAUGAAAAAAUGAUUUGAUAUAUUUUGGGGAAAAAAAUAAUUUUCUGUGUUCCUGAGAGUUACAUGAGAAGUUUGACCUCGUCUUCAUAUCUGUGUGUAAUAUACAACUACAGUCAGGAGACGGUUAGCUUAACUUUGCAUAAAGACUGGACACAAGGGUAAAAAUAUUGAGACAUCUAUCUAUCUGUUGAACUCGUAGUAUUACUACCAGCUGAGACUACAGGAAUGCCACUCAGCCACAAGGGUAAGACAGAAAAUAUGGCUCAUUUGGGUAAACCCCACACUUUAAAUCAAACUCUGUGGUUCUGGGAGAGUUUAAUAAGUUAAUUUUAUCCAUUGGAAGCUGUAUUAAUCUUUUGUGGUUCUGCCGUAAAGUCUUUGCUGUACUGGUUUGUAGUAUUUUGAUCUGCUUUCACACUUGUUGAAUAUUUAGACUUGAGAUUAAUGUUUUGCAUGUUGUUAGGUCCAGUCUGUCCUGUAGUUGGUAUAGUGAACUACACAGUAAAAGAGAUUUCCCUGCCCACACUUUCAUAUAUACAGUAGUUGUUAUUGUAAUACUGUACAUUUGGCAUCUUAAAGUGAAUUGUAUUGAAGUGCCAUUCUGUGCUAUAGUUUUAUUAGUGCUAUGAAGCCCUUCUUAAAAGAUGUGACAACAGAUAAGAUUUCAAACAUUGCUGUUGUGAUGUUACGUCAAUGAUGACGCAUUAGAUUUUAAUUUAAUGUGUCGUCUUACAUUAAAAUUUCAACAUUUUAAUCUAUGGAUGAGGAUGAAUACUUCAAAUAUUUGUUAUUCUUCUGAGUCCAUAUGAGUUCACUUUUACAGAUUACAGGAUAAUUUCUUUAUAUAGAAAUAUCACAAAUUGUAUACUUUAUAUAGAACUAUCAGAAAUUAGCUUACUCAAAUUAAAGUUUUGAAACUGCAAAGUUUUGAGCUUAAGUGUUAUGACAAAUACUUGGUGCUUGUAACCAAAGAUGGUUUAAUAUUGUAUCACAACUCUCAGGCUUCAGAAGAGUCCUGUGUAAAUCAUCAGUUCUCUCAUUUUAUUUAUGAAUCCUCUAUUUUGUGUUUGUUUAGUAGUUCUGGUUUCUGAUCAAGGUGUUUUUAUAGAAAAAUUAUCAACAAGAGCGGGAGAAAUAAUUAGUUCACGUAUCAACCUCCGUCCCUGGCUUUUCCACGUGUAUUUGCAGCGGCUGUUGUGGUGUAGGCAAGAUGACGGGUUAGUUUUGUCAUGUUCAUUGAACAGAAUUUUUAUUCACUUUUAAGGGAUCAUGCCAAAAAUAACAACUGCCUACCUGCUGCUUUUCAAAUGCCUUUAACUUUUAAACAGGUACCACAUUUUAAAUAACAGAGUACAUCAAAUAUGCAUUUUUCAUGUACCUAAACAAAUCUAUGUGAUAUUUUAUUAUAGCUGUUAUUCAAGACAUAAAUCUAUGAAAUUACACAACUAUAAGUAAAGAGCAAGGUAUAUGAAUUUUGGUGAAUAAGAUGUGGCUUUAUAUAAAUAAUGUAUAUAAAUGUAAACCUUUUAUAUUUGUGAUGCAUAUUUACAGUAGCUUGUAAAGUGUAAAUAGCAGGGACAGUUUUAGUUUGGCAAUAAAAUAAUUGUAGAUGUUUUUA